UAAUCCUAAGACCACACAGUACUUUACCUGAGAACUUGUUUUGCUUUUAGAGUGUAAUCCAAACUUGAAGAAGCUGAGCUUUCAUGAUGUGAACCUGGCUGACCACCAGAAGGAAGUUCUGCUUUUGCUUCAGGAUCCCAUGCUACAAGAAAUAACGUUCUCUUUCUGCCGGCUGUUUGAAAGCUGCACUGCUGAGUUUUUGUCAGAAAUAAUCAAUACAGUAAAGAGAAAUUCAUCUUUGAAGAGCCUCAAACUGCCUGGGAAUCGCCUUGGGAAUCACAGGCUGGUUGCCUUGGCAGACAUUUUCUCUGAAGAUUCCUCCUCUUCUCUUUGCCAACUGGAUGUCAGCUCAAAUUGCAUCAAACCUGAUGGGCUCCUGGAAUUCACAAAGAAGCUGGAAGGCUACAUCCAGCAGAGAGGGGGGAAGAUUCAGUUCACCCACUUAAGGCUCUUUCAAAAUUGGCUGGAUCAGGAUGCUGAAACAGCUCAAGAAGCACUUCGGCGUCUCAGAGCAGUGUGCAGCGUGGUCAAUGACUCAUGGGACUCUUCUCAGGCCUUUGCUGACUACAUCAGUGUCAUGUAAAGGACACAGGGCAAGAGAAAGCUGAUCAGCUUGAACUAAAACACUUCAGUCCAUAGCCACUAAAACUUAGCACAGAUGGGGGGUUUUCUUUUCCCAGUUCAAGCAGGGAACAGUUCUUGUCGCUUUUCUGUUCCUCUCAAGAGGUACACAGUGAAGUGAUAUAGGUGACCAUUUGGGUAUUUCUCCAUUUAACUGGGACAGACACACUAAACAAGUUUCUAUGAUAUCCUGCAGACCUCUGGACCAGGGUUUUUGUACAGGUUUCAUGUUGGUUUACCCAAUGUCAUAUCCAUAAAUAUCUCCACUCCUAGAGACACUUAAAAGCUGUCUGAACACGGACCCUGACCAGCACAUCUAGGUGAUGCAGCUUCUGAGCACUGGGAUUGAAGAGGAGGAUAUCGAGACAUCCCUUUCAACAUCAGCCAUUCUGUUAGCCUGUGAUCCUUCAAAUAAGAACUUCUCCCUCCACUUAAAAUGAGGAGGGAAAAAAAAA